UGAGAGAAGGUAUAGGGUUAAUUAAAUGACAGCGCGUUAAGGGGUCAACAGGGUAUGUUGGUAAUAGGUACAUAUAAGAGGAGCGAACGAGAAGAGCUUAAAUGCAGUUGCAUAGCGUACGUUAUCAUGAUCACGUUGUUGCUAUUACCAUUUUUUCUAGCGAGCCGAAUUUCGGUCGAUAUCGAAUCGCUCCUACAUGGACCUGAAUACACUUAUCGAGUAGAAAUUAUUACCGUAAAGAAGGCUGGAGGCCAACCAUGUGCAAGUACUGAUGUAAAAGCAUUCGACGCUGUCAGUACAUUAAAAUGUCGUCCGCGAGUUCCCGAUACUUUGAAUUGUCGUUUCGAAGCAGCAAAAAUGCAAAUUUACGAGGAAGCUUUAUACGAGUUGGCACGAGAAACUGUCGAAGAUCUUUGGAUGGACGACGAACCUUUCGAAAUAAUAUUCGACAAAAAUGGAAUUAAAAAUCUGAUCGUUACGAAACAUAUGAAACCAUGGAUAAUCGAUAUGAUACGUUCGAUAGUUAAUCAAUUAAAUAUCGGUGUAGAUAUUAGAAACAAACAAGAUGGAAUAUUCACGACAACCGAAAGAUCGUUUCUCGGCGAAUGUCCAGCUAAAAUCGAGCUCUAUCACGGAUUAUCGUACGAUAAUCAAUGGAAGGAUGAAAAAUUUGAGAUAAUACCGAUGAAUGGAAUAAAUAAAGUUACUUCGGAAUUUUUUAGAAUUGAAAAGAGAAGGAAUAUCAACGAUUGCGAACACGGGGUAUAUUUUUUUGCGAGCAAAUCAGCAUAUACUAAUUUUCCUCGGGACGUCACCGUGACUAUAAAAUCAUCGACGAGUCGUAUAAUCAUAUCGGAUUCCAACUACACUUCUUACACGGUCAACGAGUUUUUAGUAACUAAUAAGGCUAAAACUAGGAAUUUCACGUUCCACGAGAAGAUUAACUUAAAUCUGGAAACGAUAUCUGCACCGAUAAACGAUAUACCUUUGAUCCCCGAUGCUACGUCGGUCAGCUUUAUGAUUUAAACUCGUCGUCGGGACAAGAACGAAGAGAGAGAUGAAAAGAAAUUCAUUUGUUAUGAAAGAUAAUCGAUAAACUACACGAAAACGCGAAUAACGAAUUAAUUGUUAAUUAAUAAAAUAAAGUGAACGUACGAUUCAUUAUUA